AUGAGCUUGGGACGCUGCUUCCUGGGGAUUUCCCGGCUCCUGUUCGGGCCGCGGCCCAGCACACUGGUGCUGCUGCGGCAUGGGGAGCGUGAGGACUACAUGGCUGAGAAGGCCGGACGCGGUGCCGCGUGGAUCUCGGCGAGCGCGAGACCCUGGGACCCGCCGUUGGCGCCCAACGGACGGCAGCAGGCGCAGAGCGCGGCCACGCGCCUUCGACAGGUGCUGACGGCCGCCCAGUUGCCUCCGCCCUCGCGGAUUUUCACCUCGCCGCUGGUGCGUGCGGUGGAGACGGCGGACUGGGUGGCCGAAGAGUUUGGCGUCGACUCCUUAUUUGUUGAGGAAGGCCUCACAGAAUCGGCCUAUGAGCAGUGGAUGAGGCAAUGGGCGGUUCCGGGUGCCAACUCCGAUUGGGGAGGGCCGCCCUCCUGCGGCAUGCCAAAGGCACGCCGCAUCCGGGCGGAGCGCUCCGUGCAGGGCACGCCGGUGCGGCACGAGGAGUUGAGACCGGAAGCACUGGAAGGCUUGCAAGCACUGCUGCUGACAGCUGCUGAGCUCAAGGAAGCAGGUUGGCGCCGUGUGGAUGAGAAUUAUGCCAGUUAUGUACCUGUCCGUGGGAAGGGAUACCGCUGGGGCCACUUCGAAUUCCAAGAGGAGGUCAUCCAGCGGUGCUGUGCGGCCGUCUUACGCCUGCUGGAACGACACCCUCAGGAGACCUUGGUCUUUGUCUCUCACGGCGGCCCCACGCAGUACUGCUUCAAAGAGUUGUCCGGUCAGAAAUACCGAGGCGGAUCACGGACGCCGCGCCGGGGUCAAGGACGGGAGUGUUGCACCUCGGACUCCGGACCUCUGUUUAUGGGUGUGAGAGUGGAAGCUUCCAUGUUCUUUUCUUCCUUUACGAUCUUCACGUGCCAGCCAUAUGAACAUGCAAUUGAUCAACAUACCAUACCUAAAGGGUGGUGUCAAGGGCUAACAUGCGCAUAUGGAGAGAAGACAGUUGGGAUGCUGCACCUGAGAUCAUCUCGUCCUUGA